UCGUCAUCCGCCACCAAAGGCAAAAACCUCCAUGUGGCCGUACCAUCUAGUACAGAUGCCGAAACCGACAUUGAGCAUCGCCUGAAAUGCCUGGAACGUACGGUCCAGUCUCUGGCCGUGUCCCUUGAGGAAGUGUUGCAUGGCUUGUCCGCACUCCCACGAAGGGAUUUGAGUAAAAUACCCAACAUAUCCAACCAGAAGAUUACGAGUGGGGAGAACAGGUCUAAUUCGCAACUUUAUAUUGCUCCAUCACAUUCUUUCUCUUUCCUCCAAGAGGCACCGGAAGGCAUCGAGCGCCUACCCCGACAAGGGUUUGAAGAAAACCGCCAGAGUGCCAUGUCAGAGAUUCGCAAUUUGUCGUUUAGUCUGACUGCAGCACGAGUCGGAAAUUCAAUGGAAAGCUCAACGACUUUCCAUGUGCCAUCAAGACCUGCAGGAUAUUCACUCCUUGGCAAAUUUUUGGAGCAAGCUGAGCUUGGACAGCCAUUCUUUCGCUCCCCGUCAGAUGAAGUCCUUAAACAGAUCGUUUUCGAACCUCAGAACGUCAAGGAAAAGGCGUGGGUUGUGUUCUUCAAUUAUGUUUUGCUUGCCGCGAUUUCUACCGAGCAGGAUGAGUACGAGGAUAAGCUUCGACAAAAUUCUCAACUGGCCCUUAAUGAUAGCCGAAUUUUCCUUGAGCCAAGUAUCGUUAACGUGCAAGCUUUGGCCUUGCUAUCCAUCCAUGGCGAAGACUUCGCUGCACCUAAUGUAUCUUGGAUGCUGUUGGGCCACGCAUGUCGCCAGGCUGAAGCUUUGGGCUUACAUGCUAGGGCUAUUGAGGGUACAUUUGACGAGUCCCAGCAUAGGUUGUGUCUGUUUUGGAUGCUUUUCACCCUUGACAAGUCCUGUGCUCUUGCAUUCGGACGGCCUGCUUUUUUACCCAUUGCCCUGUACCGCCACGUCCCGCUGCCUGACGAACAAUUCAUGCAAAAUUUCCGUCCUCAUGAUACGGCAGUUUUCGGCAAACAACAACAAAAUUCAAAAGGCUCGGACUUUGGUGCUUUGCUGUUCAAGAGUACCGUUGGGCUAGCUAAGUUGAUGAGCGAUGUUUUGGAAAUAUUGGGUAUGGCUCAUUCCGAAGAAGCCAAAGAUGACAUGCAAUUCAAACUUGACGCUUGGUUUUCGAACACAAAUAUGGUAAGAGCCUCUCGCUAUAUGGGCCACUUUGAGGAUGAAAUAACCAACUCGCAAGAUCAGGCAUUGACGCAGGCCAUGGACAACGAGCGCAUUUCGGCAGAUGCUAAACAAAUCCGUGAAAUGAAUUUGGGAAUCAGUAGUAUCAAUUUUCAAUACUUGCACGUUCUGACUCUAUUACUGAAGAACGAUCGGACUUCGCAUCUUCGUCUAUCUUGUGCUCGCGAAGCAAUCUCCCUUCUUCCAUCUUUGGUAUCGAACUGGGGCUCAGUAUACAAUGGAGUUAUCUGGCAGCUUCUCUAUUACCCGUUCACUCCUUUCUUCGUGAUAUUCGAAAACGUCAUCCAGCAAUCUAUCCAAUACCCGACACUUGAGCAGGAUCUACGUUUCUUGGCUACGAUGGUAACUUACUAUGCUGAUAUGAAAUCCCAAAUGCGGCAUCUCGCUAGUGUUUGCUCCAAGCUUCAGCAUACCGCGACUGUUUUCCUCCAGCUUGCUCAAUCUCACGCUCGCAAUAGUAAUUUUACAACGCCCGCCAACAAUGCAGCUGGCAUAUCCCAACAUCCCAAUUGUUCAGGGCUAGCUGAGCAUGGUACAGAGCCGUGGGAUGAUCUGACUAGUACGGAUCUGGGUAAUUGUGACAUGACAAAUUACUUGAAUUGGUUACCAGUGGACAUGGACGUCACUUCACGGAUACUUGAAGCUGAAAUCCAAGAUUCAAGAUUUCAUCAUUCGGACUGCAAACCGGAGAGUAGUUCAACAUACCUCCACAGGCCAACGACAGAGCGCAUGUUUGAUUGGUUUUUAUGGGAUGAUUACUAUGGCAGUGUCGAUAUUUGA